AUGGGGAAGAGGACCAUUUUCGACGCGGACGCGAAGAGCGCACAUAGCGGACAUGAGCUCAAGCGACAGAGAAUCGAGGGCAGCCAUGAGCGCAACUCUCCACGCCCAAAUGGUGGCAAUGGUGGUGCCGAGGAAGUCACCACCGCGCGCGACCUGCAAAAGGCGCUGCUCUUCGACCAGAGAGCGCACGCCGACUUUCGCAGUGGCCUGAACCUGUUCAAACGAUUUCUCGACUCGAUCCUGUACACCAGCGAAGAACACGAUGUCCCCCGCAAGCGCGCCAUUCUCCACGAAUACCUCGACAGCCAGAAGGCACGGGGCGAAAAUCUAAAGGACACGGCCUUCCUGCAGAACCUGAUCCAAGCAUGGGACUUUGCUGCCGAAACCAACUUCGAAGCCAUACUCGCCCAGGUGACUGCUGUGCUUGCGCUGCUGUUCAAGGUGCUUGCCAGCCACAGUGAGCUCACCGAGUACGGCACGCUGCUUGCGAAGACAAUCCUGCAGCCAUCCGUCGCACGUCGCCUCGUCCGCAGCACUUCGGCUGCACCGAACCAGGAGAACAUCAUCUCGCCUGCGCUGCGACUGCUCACCGAGCUCACGAGAUUUAAUGAGGGCGCGCAUGCCAGAGCUGUCUAUGCGAAGAGAGAUUUUACCCUCGAGCCGAAGAUCUUGGGGCGUAACAUUGGACUGCGCAAAGAGCAGAGUGCUAUUGAUCAUCAGAAGAGACCGAGCGUCAGGACCACCGCGAUUCGCUACCUCCUCACCCACCUGAGGUUUCAAGACGAACGGGCGAAGAGCGAGAUUCUGUCAAACGUCAACAUUGUCCGAGGCAUAUUCGAUCAUUUGGGCGCCGACCCACCAUUCCUCAUCUAUGAAGUCUUUGAUGUGUUCAAGAGCCAUGUGUUCCAAGAUAAGACCAUGGCGCGGAGCACCAAAAGCCGCAUACUCACUGGGAAAGCUCUCUCGCGCAUCGCCAGCCUUUACACCUACGAAGUCGAAGAGGGCUCCCUAUCAGAUGGACAAAAGACUCCUGCUGUUCUCGCCCAUGAGUUCCUGAAAUUGGUCUGCACCGACCCGGCCUACGGUGUCAUGCUUCCAACUAGCGGCUUUUAUCCUUCCACAUUCGAUGAAGAUGAGGCUGACUUCGAGGACACGGCAGACCAUGGCAACGACUUAGAUUUCGAAGCUGUCGAUAACAGAUCCGGCAAGGUUCGCAAUGUAAUUCUUUCCGAGUUUGUCCUCAGUCUAAGGCCGUAUGCAAACACCUUCCACCAGGAGCUGGCACUGGACAUUUUCAAGGCUUGCCCCGAACUAGUCGCAGACUACUUUGUCAAACGGAAGGACUUUAGCUACGAUCCCAAGCUUACGUCGACAUGGAUCGGAUACUCUGCCUUUUUGUAUCAGACCAUCCAGCUCCCCGUGCCAAAGCAUCUUGGCGGCAAGAAGAGCUUCCGGGAUCAUCCACCGCCGGUGUCGAUGAUAAUGCAGAGCAUCUUACCACAAGCUUUGAACCAGCAAGUUCUCACUAAAUGUCUUAACCAUAGUUCCGACUUGAUACAGUUGUUCGCCGUCCGCGUUCUGAUCGCUUCCCUCCAGAAACUCCAGAGCGUCGUUCAGGUUUUGAACGAUGCAAGCGCAGUAAAGCCCUCGAAGCAGUGGGAACGAUCAAGGAAGCGUCUCACGAACGAGCUUAGCCGACGCUGCCCGCCAAUCAAGACAGUCUUCCUCUCCUUGAGGAAGCCUGAUGUGAAGGAUAUGAAGCGAGAGUCGAUUACUAGACUGCUAAGGCUAUACUACGAAGUGACACCUCAGACUGCCCUACAGGAAAGAUUUGACGUCUCGUUGCCGUUGUGCAAUGCCUUGGCAGAGGUUGAGAAACUCACGAGCUCGACAGAAAACAAGGUGUUUCGCAUCAUGGAGCUUGAGCACUGGAUACAAAUGGCACGGCACUCACCUGCCAUGCGUUGGUGGCAGAAACCGAGGGUGAUUCUCCAGGAUCAAGAGAUGCUGCAAACCAAGACAUCACCAGAUGCUUUGGAAGCACUCAUCGCCAGCCUGGGUGCGUCACCUGGCUCAUCUGCACCAUCAGUCGAGGUUCUCGACUUUCUCGACGACUGCUGCUCACGAUUCACCAAGACACCCAUCAAGUACUUUGAUGACAUUGAUGUCGUUUGUGCACGUGAAGCACAAUCUGCGACAGACGCAGGGCCCUUCACUUCACUACUGAUGACGUUUGUAGAGCAAUGGCCAUUCCGAGGCGGCGAAGCUACAACGACUAGUGCAGCCGAGCCGAUUGCACAGUGGUUGUCGAAGUUCCUCUACCUGCUGAAACUCAUAGGGGAGGAUGAGAAUAUGCUGAUAUCAGUGCGUGACGCUUUGGUCAACUCCGCUGCCAAGUCGUACAAAGAUGUGCUCAAAGACGCCUUCCUCUGGAAAAUGGGCAAAGAAAGUGCCAAAGAGGCCUUGAAGCUGGCAACAGGCGCUGAUUUCAGUGGAUCUGAAAGGUCUACAUCUUCACCCUCCCCUGUGGUUGAGGUCGAGCAGAAACUGGAUAUGAAGCGCCAUGUCGAUCUGGAGGCACCUCCGGAAGAAGACGAGAAGCACUCCGGCCUGACACGCUGGAAGAGGAAGGACCUUGGCGAAGCUAUCGAAGAUGGAGACAUUGGAGAUCUUUUGUUGUGCCUUUGCUCGAAACACGCCGAAAUCCGCCUCCAAGCUGUCAGCAACACCCGUCAGCUCAUGGCAACGCUCGAGACAAGUGUCCACAGCAACCCUCAGGAAGACGAAAACGCCGAACAACCACAGAAAUAUGCAGCCAAUGCUGAUUUGCAACAAUUGUACCUCCUUCUUGGCGAGACACUCGAAUCGGUCGAACUGCUCGGCUCAGAAGCAUUCCCUUACCUAGGGGGUGUGCUCGCGGCUCGAUGUGCAAGCAUCCUGGCUGAUCCAACACAGUCUAUGUACAGCAAGAUCAGCAGAUUCCUAACCAAGGCGCCAGCGUGGAAUGUGCAGCAUCUUCUCAGCGAGUUCUGGCAUGCUGUUGUAGCUAGCGAACCGGACGAGGAUGGCACCUACCACCAAGAGGUUGACUGGUUCCUCGACUACCUGCUCGAUUCUCUACGGACUCGACGGGACAUGGAAUACUUCAGAAAGAGCAACAUUGUUGAGCAACUGCUUGGUCACUACGCCUCUCGAUCAUGCUCGGUUUCGGCAAAGGAGAAGAUUUUGAGGCUAUUGCUUCGUGCUACCCAUGUAGAUGGCAGCACGACGCUUAUAACCAGGUGUGGUCUGCUGCCAUGGAUUCAGAUGAUGUUGGACAAUCAGGACCCCCGUCACCGCGCCCUGAAAACGUUAGCGCUACGAGUUUACGAGACUUGCGACCAGGAGAGAGUGAACGAGUGGAGUAGUGGUUCUAUAGCACGGACUAUAGCAAUGCUGGCAUAA